AUGGCUAGUACUGCUGCAAUUUCGAGCGAUGGCCGGCCUGUCAAGAAACGACGCGCGCCGAUAGCCUGCACCGCGUGCCAUGCCAGAAAAGUCCGCUGCAAUGUCGUCCUCGUCGGCCAGCCCUGCUCCAACUGCCAGCAAGAUCAGACCCAAUGUGCUUUGCAUGUCUCGGCGAGAGGCAAACACAAACGACGAAAGCUGAACAAAGAUGCACGAGGCCGUUGUGUCACACCUACUUCAUUGUCAUCAGCUGGACCAACUACGGAUGCACAAGUGCCCCCUGGGCCAUCCACAGAUCUUGCGGACUCAAACCCCUCGAUCAGUCCGGCACCAGAACCUCCAUCGCGGGAUGAGUAUGAGUCCCGGGCCAACGUAGAGGCUUAUCGGAAUAUUGUCGAUGCAGUCGAGACGAGUGGAGCCAAAGUGCCGCUGUAUGUUGGCGAGCUUCAAUCGCUGCGAUUCAUAUUCCACGUCGCGAGAGACAAGAGCAUUGCCUCCAAGGCCCAUUAUCUCGUCCCUCAACCAAAGAGACGUCAAUUGUCGCCAGAAGAAUACGCGUGCCUACAGGCCAAAGGAGCGUUCUCAACGGAGUCGGAUGAUCUGAGGGACGAGCUCCUUUCCCUGUUCUUCGAUUAUGUCUACCCGAUCCUUCCCAUUGUCGACCCUUACGACUUUCGUCGUCGAUACGACGCUGGCGGCGUCCAAAGCAUCAGCCCGCUCUUGCUUCAGAGCAUGUUUCUCGCUGCAAGCAAUUUUAUCUCGACGGAGGGGCUGAAAAGGUCGGGAUGGCCGUCGCUUAUGCAUAUGAAGAGGAGAUUCUAUGAGAGAGCCAAGGCGCUGUACGACUUCGAGUACGAAACAGACAAAAUAUGCCUGAUCCAAUCGGUCCUAUUGCUUGGUUAUUGGUUGGGACAAGCCCACGACAGGACCGACAGCUGGCACUGGGUAGGUGUGGCAGUGAGUCUGAGCCAGAGUGUCGGUCUCCACCGCGACCCCGGGUUCUCAGACGUGCCCCCAUCUCAGCGCAGCCUAUGGAGAAGGAUCUGGUGGUGUUGCUUCUACCGGGACCGAUGCAUUGCGCUGGGGAUGGGACGGGCGUUCCGCAUCAACGCCGAGGACUGCGACGUGAAAGAACUGACACUCGAAGAUCUAGUGUACACCGCUGGUACCUCGUCGUCGAACUGGAAUCUGAACCAAGAAAGCGCAGCCGUCGUGGCCAGGUGUAACAGCUACGCCCCCCUAUUCUUGGAGAUUGUCAAAUUAAGCCAGAUCUUGGGCGAGGUGUUAGCGUCCGUGUACAGGCCACUGAGAGAGCCGAGUCCCUGGAGUGUGGUAGAGAUCCUCGAAGAGAAAUUGGCCCGCUGGCAAGUGGCCCUUGACCCGCGGUGUCGGAUAGACACGCCGCUCACCUCCUUGAACGAGCCCAUGGCUAUGACGCUGCACAAAUACUACAUCCAGAUCCUCCACCAGUGA